AUGGAUGGAGAGACAAACAUGGUGCGAGAGACCGUGGAGGAGGAGCCGCUUAGCCCAUGCUCACGGCUGUUCAACUCUCCGGAUUUUAAUUGUGCGAUAAUCGUCACAAUGGGAUGCAAAGUCAAAGGAAACCCAUCUGCCAUCAUCGACGGCCUUAAACACACCCUCGCUAAUCACCCUCGCUUCUCCAGCAUUUUAGAGAUGAAAAAUGGGAAGAAAGGGAAACCGAGUUGGGUUCGGACUAAAGUUAGAGUAGAAGAGCAUGUGAUAGUUCCUGAUAUAGAUCCUGACAUUAAAACUCCUGAUCAGUAUCUUGAAGACUAUAUUUCUACUCUAACGACAGUUCCUAUGGAUUUGUCUAAACCAUUAUGGGAAAUUCACGUACUCUGCCUCAAAACAUCAAACGCUGAAUCCAUUGGCCUUCUUAAGAUCCAUCACUCUUUGGGUGAUGGAAUGUCUCUCAUGUCUCUUUUCCUCGCUUGCACCCGUAAAACAUCAGACCCUGAGGCUUUGCCCACUGUCGCUGUUCAGAAAAAACAGUUUGGACCGACCUGCUAUAGUGGUUUCUUUAACAAGAUUUGGUGGUUAUUUGUAGGGCUCUGGUUCAUCCUAAGAUUGGUCUUCAACACUUUUGUUGAUGUCUUAAUCUUUGCUCUAACCAUUUGUUUCUUGAGGGAUACGGAGACUCCUCUUUUGGCGAAACCCAGCAGUGAACUUAAACCUAAGAUGUUCGUCCACCGAAUUAUCAGUUUGGACGAUGUUAAGCUGGUGAAGAACGCAAUGAACAUGACGAUAAACGAUGUUCUUCUUGGAGUAACACAAGCCGGACUUUCGCGAUAUCUAAGUCGGAGAUAUGGUAAGAGUUUGAUUAUUUUACAUGAUAAACAAGAAGCAACACCGAAAUCAAAAGAGUCAAUGAGAAGAAUCCGACUUCGUUCAGCCAUUAUGAUUAACUUGAGACCAAACGCAGGAAUUGAGGCUCUAGCCGAUAUGAUGGCCAAGAAAUCGAAAUGCAGAUGGGGAAACCUCUUCGGUUACAUCCUCCUACCAUUCUCCAUCGGGCUGGAGACUGACCCUCUAGAAUACUUGCGCAGAGCUAAAGUUACUGUCGACCGCAAAAAGCACUCCCUUGAGGCUGUAUUCUCUAUGGCGUUCUUUAAGUUGAUACUAAAAGUUCUAGGGCUCAAGGCAAGUGUAGUUCUUGUAAGGAAAGUGAUCCAUAGCACAACAUUGACAUUCUCAAAUGUCGUCGGUCCAAAGGAAGAAAUUACUUUUCACGGACAUCCCUUGUCUUAUAUCGCCCCUAGUGUUUUUGGCCACCCACAUGCUCUUACUCUACAUUUCCAAAGUUAUGGAAACAAGGUCAUAAUAUCAGUAACAGCCGAUCCAACAGUCAUUCCUGACCCUCACAAGAUGUGUGAUGAUUUGGUGGAGUCUCUCAAGUUGAUUAAAUCCUCUGUCCUAGAAAGAGGGUUAUAUGAGGUGGAUGUUUGA